AAACUGGUCAUUUUUUCAGGAAUAUUUUAGACACAAAAACAAGUUCGGCUCUAUAUUUAAGUUUUAACAUUUUCGUUACAUUUCAUGGUUGAUUUUGUUUAAUCAAUUGUCAAGUACUUUUCCCUGCCCCAAGUGAGCGCCAGUUGAGGACAGGACUGAAGACCUUAAAACAGGAACACAAGUUGUUUACAAUCAGAGACAAAAGUGACAAAAAAUAAACAUGAAACUUGAUAGUACAGUUUCAAUUUCAGUUAAGGAAUAUCAUUUGUCCUAUUCCCUAUUGUCCUACAGAGUUACUUUUUUUAAAAAAAAAAAAAUACACGCUGCUUCUGACCUUUAGUCUGUCUGUCAACAUGAGACUUUCACAAAGUCCAGCAGUAAGUAUGUGCAAGUAUGUGCAGUAAAAACUACAAAUGUACUUCAUUGGGUGCACCUUAUAUUUGACAGUUAUUGAAAGUCAGUUGGUGCAAUGAAAUCACUGGGAUGAAAGCAAAUAAUGCCAAAUCACAAAUAAACCCCACACUUAAAAUACAUAAAUAAAAGGCUACAGUGCUCCUGAAGCACAUUAUUUGGCUGUAUGUAAAAAUCAGUUGACCAUGUUUGUCAUUCAAAAGCGCUAAACAAGUAUUGUGUAGUUACAUGUCAAGUUUUCUGGAAGUAAAUGUGCAAAGGAAUGUUCUCAAAGUGAACUGCAUGAAUAAACAGGUAUAAAGUCUAUACCAAACUUUUGUAAGUACUCUGGCACUGAUCGCAUUGAGUCUUUUGGACACUGUGCUUCAUUUGACAUUUUAAGCAUUGUGCUGCAUUGGAAAUCAUAACUUUGUUCUUUUUGGAACAGCUUGGCCUACAUUUGAGGGACUAUAGCCGGCAGCCCUGUGUUAUGAAGCAUAAACAAAACACUUCGAAGCACUUGGUUGUGGCUGCAGCUCAUUCAGUUUAUUUUCCAAAAUAGGGUUGGGUAUUAAGGUGGACAUUUGACAGCAUAGUGUACACAUUUGAGCGAUUUUUUAGAACCACUUCCCACUUUGAAAAAAAUGGUUAUUGCCCUGUAAUAAUGACACAUUUCUGCUAUGGCAGAAUAAAAGACAUUGUGUGUUUAAUUGUGGCAGUGUUUGUGUAAAAUGAAACUCAGAAUUGCGCCAAGCAAAUGCAGCUAUGCUCCUUCAUUGAAGUUGUGUUUCUGUUAAGUUCUAUAAAUGUAUUUGCUUUCGUUGAAUGGUUGUAAAGGCGUAGUUGCAUUCACAGUGUGAUAGUCCCAAGUGUGCAGCGUCCAUUCAAAAUGCCCUUACAAAACGCUCGUGCAAAGGAACACCUUAAAGAUGGGCGGGAUGUACCGCUUGCGAAUCAAGCCAACCAGCCAAUGAGAAGAUCUCUGUGUUUAAAUGGCCACGUCAAUCAUUUUCUCUCCAGUAAGCCUUCCUUCAAUCGCCAUAUUGGGCUGAAAGGGCUUGUCUGUUAUUUUCCUCCUCUCUUACUACGACACGAAAUUGACAGGAGUGGCUCUUGCAACUGCACUUUGUUUUGAUGAUCCGUGGAGAUUACUACUUCUGGUGUUUCCACGUUGGGCGUUAUUGCAAUCCAUCUGGGUCUUUGCAUGGCAUGCAUACGCUGUGGAUGAUAACGUAUUUUAUUUCUGUUUUGGAGCGUGUUGAACCAGGACUUGCGCGACCAGGAGUUGAGGUUAAAUAAUCGCCAAGUAUCUAUUUUUCUGAAGAAGGAAAAAUGUCCAAUGUUCGCCUUUCAAAUGGGAGUCCGACUCUGGAACGGAUGGAUGCUCGGUUAUCGGAUAACCCGAAGUCCACUGCUUGCAGAAGUCUUUUCGGCCCGGUGGAUCAUGAAGAGUUAAAGAAGGAUUUAAAGGGACGUUUGCACGAAAUGGAAGAGGCGGCUUCGGCGAAGUGGAAUUUUGACUUUUCCAGUCAUAAACCCAUUCCGAAUGGGAGAUAUUGUUGGGAGCCUGUGGAUGACAGUCCGCUAUUUUACAGCUCGCUACGAGCGAAUAUUAAUGUUAACGUUACGGACAGCUGCCCCUCAGGGAAUACAAAUGUGGAUUUGAAUGGGAACCAUAACUGUGGUGUGGCACCCUGCAAACAUGCUGAAGAGAAAGAGGAGAAGUCUGAAACUCAGAUGGAUAUUAGAGACCAAUGUAUUGGGCAGCGGAAAAGACCAGCGUGCCAUGAUUCGUCGUCUCAGAAUAAAAGGUCACACACCAGUCUGGAUGACGUUUCUCGUUGUUCAGGUCUGACACAAGCUGUAGAACACACACCCAGGAAGACCAGUCCCCAAACUCAAACGUGAUCAUGACGAAACUGAAGACAGAGACACACACCCAGUGAUGAAAACCUCAGUGCUUGGCUAAUCAAAGAGGAUCUGCGAGAGAGAGAAAGGCAAAAAGGAUUGGACGAAGAAGAAGGAAGAAAGAAAGACAAAACAUAUCGACUCUCCUCUCCUAUGGAUGGGGACCCUGUUCAAGCACUGACACAAACACUAACUUCUGGCACUCAAUACAAAAUAAACUGCCUCUACAGCAGUCUAUGUAGCAGUGAGCGAUUGGGUUUCACUUCCUUUGUUGCUCAUUCUUACUACCUGUGUAUAUAUUUCCUUCAUAUGUAGCACAUAAUAUGUAUUAUGACGAGAACAGAAUCCUUUAUGGUAAAAGGUGUGAAUUUUUGAUUUGACUUGAAGAAUUGCAGUGUAGUUUUUCCUACGUGUUUCCAAAAUGCUGUUUUCUUUUUCCCCCCUAUUAUUUUUCCUCACCAAGACGGUGCCCCAUAUAAACCACACUUUGAUGGCCAUAAUGUAACCACGUGACUAUUAUUUACAUUAUUUAUUGAAAUAUAAAUUCUCAGAUCAGCAAUAUGACUUAUUAUGCCUAUGUGCAUCUUAUAUAAUUGUUCAGGUAGCUGAUGGUACAGAAUGGCCUUCUAAUCCAAUGCAGGUUGACCCUGCGCAUAUUAUGAUGUGAUGGCCCUGUGUGUGUUGUACAAUUUGUUCAGUGAAUUUAAGGCCUUAUAAUUAUUUGUACACUGUCACACAUUCAACAUGGUUUUAAACCAUUUUUUUUCUCAGUAAGCAUGUAGCUUCAUCAUCUUGCUCUGGUGGUUUGAAUAGAGUUUGACAAGAGAGUCAAGGUCAAAAUAAAUAGAUAAAUGAAUCCAUAGUCUUAACAGUAUUAACUGGUAGAGGUGACUGGAGUGGACGCUGGUGUUCUCAUCAUGUCUAUUAUACAGAGUCGUAUAAAGAAGAAGUAGAAGUACUCUUACAGAUGUAAUUACAAUACUAGUGAUAUUACAUGGUUUCAACUUUGUAAUGUCAUACUAUAAGUGUUGUAAUUACAUUUGUAAAAGUACUUCUACCUCUACUUAAUAUGACUGCUAGUCUGUGUGUGUUAUUGGAGGUCCUGUGCCCCACAGACCUCCAGUAGACUUGGUCAUCAUCAUCGUUACACCAAUUAGGCUUGUGAUGUCAUCAUCAUCGUUACACCAAUUAGGCUUGUGAUGUCAUCAUCAUCGUUACACCAAUUAGCCUUGCUGGUGAUGCGCACUACUUCCUCCAGCUGAUGUCUCUAUUGGAAAUGGGCGUGUCCUCUCUGCUAUAACAAGGCAGAUAAUUGAGAUGUGUGCCUCCCUCUGCAGUGUCUUUAUUUCAUAAAGUGGAAUUUAUUUUUAUUUUUUUGCAAGUUAACUGUAUUUAUCAAAAAUUAUGUUCAUCUUAUAUUAAAACACUGCCUGUGUAUUUGUGUAAACAUUGAAGUGUACCUGUGUACAUAACUUUGUAAAAACACUGAGAAAUUAAACUAACUUAUUUAUGUCGAGCUUUUAGAUAAAAUGGGUUUUGAUUAUGGUUAUCCAAAGUGGCAUUGAGUCAUUAUUUUUUUGUAAAUGCUAUUUUUUUGUAGGUUUUUUUUUUUCUUUUCUUUUUUUU